UGCAGUUCAGUGAAAGAUGAGGCUCUGUGUCUUUGUCCUGGCAAUUCUGACUGCUGUGGUGUUCACAGGGGCUCAAGUCACACAUGUGGACAUGAACAUAUAUGGGUGUUCUGAUACAAGACCAGGAGAGGACUUCUAUGGACUUGACGGGGAGGAAAUGGGACAUGCUGACUUCGCUUUGAAACAGUUUGUGAUGACACUGCCUGAAUUUGCAGAUCCUUUCAGCUAUGGACAAGGAGCUUUCUCGUCAGCUGUUGCUAAGCAACACGCUUGUCUAGAAAACGUACGAUUUGAAAUGCAGGUUAUCAAUGAUUCAGAAGAAGUUUUAACACCACCUGAGAGUUCCAUCUACACCAGGAAACUUGUGAAACCGGGUGUGAAUAACACACUUAUCUGUCAUGUGACUGGAUUCUUUCCUCCUAUGCUCCGACUGAGAUGGGCAAAGAACUAUGUGUAUCAGAUAAAAGGUAUAAUUAUGAGCCGAAGUCGACUCAACAAAGAUGGUACCUUCAACAUGUUCUCUGCACUGAGCUUCACUCCAGAGCAGGGGGACGUCUACAGCUGCACAGUGGAACACCAGGCCCUGGCGCAACCACUAAUCAAAGAGUGGAUGUAUUCAAAAGGUGGAGAUCCUGAGAAUGCUUUGCACAGUAUUAUUCCAUCUGUGGUCUGUGGAGUGGGUUCAGCAGUAGGGCUGCUGGCAAUUGCUAUUGGAAUAUUCCUCAUCAUCAAAGGCAGCAAGUGCAACUGACUUUACAGGUUUGUAUUGCCAGACUUCCUUUUCCAUGGUCCAGCAAAGCAAAAAGUGUGCACAGAUUGACGCUACUACAAGAUCGUAUGGGCAGAGGGUAUUGACAGGCAUCAUUCUUAAAUUUUGAAAAUGGUAUACUGGCACUCAUUUUUUACACAGUGGAAAAAAAUCCAGCUUAGUGCCAUGAACUGUCCUUUCUAUGUGGAACCAAAGUCAGGACAGUGAGGUAAACCACUAAUGGCCAAUUAGAGCAUGAGAUGAUCACUUUCAGCACGAUGCAGAUGGAGGAGGCGAUAGCUGGACUAAAUGAAAAAGAGGAUGAUGGAACAUUAAUGGCAUUAUACUGGAUGUAUAUAGGAGGACUACUGAA